AGGAGGCGGUGCUACCGCCGCCAUCUUUGCCAGGAGAACAGUGAGCUGGUAGCGGCUGAGCAUCCCGGACUCAUCAGGCUCCAUCCACCCCGUGUAGUCCCCGCCGCCGCCCCGUCUCUUGGACAUGGACGAUCGGGAGGACCUUGUGUACCAGGCUAAGCUAGCUGAGCAGGCUGAGCGCUAUGAUGAAAUGGUUGAAUCAAUGAAGAAAGUGGCUGGAAUGGAUGUGGAAUUGACAGUGGAAGAAAGAAACCUUCUAUCUGUUGCAUAUAAAAACGUGAUUGGAGCUAGAAGAGCUUCAUGGAGAAUAAUCAGCAGCAUCGAACAGAAAGAAGAAAACAAAGGUGGAGAAGAUAAACUAAAAAUGAUUCGGGAAUAUCGGCAAAUGGUUGAGACCGAGCUGAAAUUAAUCUGUUGCGACAUUCUGGAUGUACUGGACAAACACCUCAUUCCAGCAGCUAACACGGGCGAGUCCAAGGUUUUCUAUUAUAAAAUGAAAGGGGACUACCACAGGUACCUGGCUGAGUUUGCCACAGGAAAUGACAGGAAGGAGGCUGCAGAGAAUAGCCUGGUGGCUUAUAAAGCAGCUAGUGAUAUUGCAAUGACAGAACUUCCGCCAACACAUCCCAUACGCUUGGGUCUUGCUCUCAACUUCUCUGUAUUCUACUAUGAAAUUCUUAAUUCCCCUGACCGUGCCUGCAGGUUGGCAAAAGCAGCUUUUGAUGAUGCUAUUGCAGAACUGGAUACACUGAGUGAAGAAAGUUAUAAAGACUCUACACUUAUCAUGCAGUUGUUACGUGAUAACCUGACACUAUGGACUUCAGAUAUGCAGGGUGAUGAUUCCUAAAGGAAAGUCCAACUGUUCAUUUCCUAAAAACUCUACUUUGUGAAGAACAGAAUAAAGAAGCGCUGCAGGAUGUGGAAGAUGAAAACCAGUGAGACACCAUGGCCAACAAGAGAACCCA